GUGUCUCUGUAAUCAGGUUAUUUUUAGGGAAUCGUUGGUGAUACAACCAGCUGAAGCUGUGAGAAGCAAUGAAAAGUCUCAGCUGACGCAAAUCUCUGUCUCUGUCCUCUCUCUCUCUUGUGGAAGAAAAGGCGUGAAAUUAUAUAUGACUCAGUAAAUCAAAUCAAAUCAAUCUGAUCACUGAAAUUUUUCUAAUUCAUUCGGCUUUCAUCGUCUGCUUUAACUUUUAUGCUCUCUCUCUGAUUGAGGUUGUGCUAUUUUAACAACAUCUAGUGCAAAGUAAUUAAAAAUUUCAGCUGGGAAGCUGAAUAAGACAGACAUUCAAUUUUCCAGAUAUUAUUGGGCAUCGAGACAUCCAAGGGGGGUUUCCUCAUAUGCCAUUCCGUGUGUGUUUCGUUUACUUUCUAUUUUGUUGAUGGACUUGGAUGACCAUUCUCUAGCUGGGACUUCAUCAUAAAAGCCAGACGAACCACACUUUGUCUCUAAUGGAACGAACUGAGAACCAUGACAGCAGUGAACACAUCAUUGACAUAACUAGUAGCAACGGUGCUUCUUCAUCAAGCUCUUCCCAUUAUAGACCGUUCAAUGGCUUGGAUUCGAGCCAGAAUGAAGACCAGACUUCUACUAGUUCGAGGGUCCCUGCUCUUCAACCUUCAUUUUCUUCUGCCAAUGGAUCAAACUCAAGGAGCUCAUCAUUUGUUCGAAGAGGGAAUGGGCAUGGCCGUCGUAGGAGUCCGUUGAAUUCUGGGUUAUGGAUAUCUGUUGAAGUCAUCUUAACUGUUGGCCAGAUUAUUGCAGCCAUUGUCAUUUUGUCUUUGUCAAGGAAUGAGCAUCCCCGUGCUCCGUUGUUUGCGUGGAUUGUGGGCUAUGCGUCUGGGUGUGUUACAACACUUCCUCUUCUUUAUUGGCGAUACCGACAUCGAAACCACACUUCUGAGCAGAAUUCAUCGCACUCCCGUCAAAAUUCUUCCCAGAGCAACCUUUCUGCGAGACCGCCUUCUUACUCUUCUUCUAGUAUGACCUUGGAGGGGGAAGAUCGUGGGACAACUGGUACAGCCUCUAGAGACAAUCACAAUUUGGGAAGAUUGAGUGCAAGACUCAAGGUUGUUGUGGAAUACUUCAAGAUGGCUUUAGAUUGCUUUUUUGCAGUGUGGUUUGUGGUUGGCAAUGUGUGGAUCUUUGGGGGGCACUCUUCUUCCUCCGAGGCUCCCAACUUGUACAGGUUAUGUAUAGUAUUUCUUACCUUUAGCUGUGUUGGAUAUGCAAUGCCAUUUAUUCUGUGUGCCACAAUAUGCUGCUGCCUCCCCUGUAUAAUUUCUGUUUUCGGCUUAAGAGAGGAUCUGACUCAGAACAGAGGAGCCACAUCAGAGUCAAUAAAUUCCCUGCCAACCUACAAGUUUAAGAUUAAAAAAACUAAAAAUGGUAAUGAUAGAGAAAACAGUUCAGGUGCUGGUGAAGGUGGAGUUGUGGCUGCCGGGACAGAAAAAGAGCGUGUGAUAUCAGGAGAAGACGCGGUUUGCUGCAUUUGCUUGGCAAAGUAUGCAAACAAUGACGAGCUCAGGGAAUUGCCAUGUUGUCAUUAUUUUCACAAGGAGUGUGUGGAUAAGUGGCUCAAGUUAAAUGCCUUGUGUCCCCUCUGUAAGGGUGAGGUUGGUGAAAGCAUUUUGAGUUCAAUCUCUGAAGCAACUGCCAGCCUGCAACGGAGUGCUGUUUAAUGAGAUGAAUCUGGGCUCAAAUUGGCCUUAUAUAGGUUGGUGGGCUGGGAAUUGAUCGUGUAUUGCCUUUUUUCAGCACUUUCUAUAUGAACCUGUACUCAAAGUAUGAGAGUUUGCUUUCUGGAUGGCUCUGGUUGCCCAAAAGUUCACCCUUUCCUUUAAUUUUGGGUGGUUCUUUCAUGAAACAUUGUAGCUUGGUAGAUACACGGCAGUUAUGACAUGUAGGAUCAUCCAAUGGCAGAAAACCCACUUGGAGCUAUCUUUAUUCGGAGAAUGGAAGUGAAAUUGAUUUCGUAUAAUGUCACAGCGAUACAUCGUUUUGUUGUUGUGUUAGUACUUUAUAGUUUAUACAGGUAGUACUCUUAUGUAAAUUCAGAUUGUUACUCGUUUCAAUUAUAUUCAAACCGGAACAGAUCUCCUGUCCAGGUUGAACACCCCUCUUCCCUCUUUAGACUUUGAAUUGUAAUACAUUUUGACAGUAUUUG